AUGGAUAAUGAUUAUUAUGACUUUCUUGAUCAUUCAUUAGAUUAUAAACCAAAAAAGAAAGGACAAAGAAGUAGCUUAUCAAAUCAUUAAUUUUAGCAUUGACUGAUUAAGAAAUCAUUUUAAGAGAAAGAAUGAAACUUGUAAAAAAUAGAGAAUCAGCAAGAAAGAGUAGAAAAAGAAAAAAAAUGUAUGUUGAUCUUCUAGAAAAUAAAGUAGUUUUUAUAAUAAAUCAUAAGAUAGCUGGUCUAAAUUAAUAGUUAUAAGAGUAUAAACAAUUAUAAGAAUCUGGUUAAUAAGUAUUAAGAAAUACUCAAAUGUAAUUAUUCUUUGGAAAACCAUAAAAUUCUUAAGAUUAAUUAAAUCAUUAUUUCAAUGAAAUAUUUGAACAAACCAUUCCUAAAAUAGCUUUAUAUUUUAAAUCAGAAAAAUCUAAUUCUGUCUUGGAGUUGUGUUUUUAAAAUUUUUAUAAUUGCUUUAAUGAUUUGAAUAUAAUCAAAUAAGAAAUGAUUUUAGAAUUAAAGUAAAUGGAGGAAACUAUGAAAAUAGGCAAAGAAAUUCCUGAAUUCUAAAAAUUUGUCUAACAUGUUAAUUAAUUAGAGUAUAAGGAUUAUUUAGACAAUAUAGAGGAAGUAAUUUAAUAAAUUAUUUUAGGAUUUAGGAACAAUCAUCAAAUCAAAUGAUUUAAUGCUUUCAGUAAGAUAAAUAUAUGAGUUAUACAAUAAAUCAAUACAAGUUAAAAAGAAACCUAAACUUAAUUGA